CAAACCCCCAGCGAGGAUGAGGGACAACCGGGGACGCGCCUCGGAUCUCACGCCGCCAUCCGAUCUAGGUAACGCUGCAGUGAAGACGCCCAAAUAAGGAGUGGCGGUGUGCAGGUGCCGGCCAUGACCCCCGACCCGCUUCGCCGCUGAGAGCCCGACGUGUCCCGGCGCCGCCAUGCUGAUCAAGGAGUACCGCAUCCCCAUGCCCAUGAGCGUGGAGGAGUACCGCAUCGCCCAGCUCUACAUGAUCCAGAAAAAGAGCCGCGAGGAGAGCUGCGGCGAGGGCAGCGGCGUGGAGAUCCUGGAGAACAAGCCGUACGAGGACGGGCCCGGAGGCUCGGGCCAGUACACGCACAAGGUCUACCACAUCGGCAAGCACAUCCCGUCCUGGUUCUGCUCCAUACUGCCUCAGGCCGCACUGCGCGUCGAGGAGGAGUCGUGGAACGCCUACCCCUACACCAGGACGAGGUACACGUGUCCGUUUGUGGAGAAGUUCUCCAUCGACAUCGAGACGUACUACAUGCCCGACACCGGAAACCAGCUGGACGUCUUCAACCUGUCCUCGGCAGAGAGGAGGCAGAGGACCGUAGACCCCAUUGACAUCGUCAAGGACUACAUCCCGCCUCACGAGUACCUGGCGGAGGAGGACCCCAGACUGUACCAGUCGGUCAGAACCAAGCGAGGUCCGCUGUGCGAGGACUGGAUCGAGGAGAUCAACCGGGGUCCCGGCCGGACCUCGGUCAUGUGCGCCUACAAGCUCUGCAAAGUGGAGUUCAGAUACUGGGGCAUGCAGUCCAAGAUAGAGCGCUUCAUCCACGACGUGGGCCUGCGCAAGGUGAUGGUGCGAGCCCACCGGCAGGCGUGGUGCUGGCAGGACGAGUGGUACGGCCUCACCAUCGAGGACAUCCGGCAGCUGGAGCUGGAGACGCAGCUGGCGCUCGCCAAGAAGAUGGCCCAGUACAGCCUCAGCGACGAGGCGGGCUCCGAGGCCAACGGCUGCUCGGCCGGCCAGGAGCAGGCGCAGCGAGGCGACGACGGCGGAUCCGGCGCGGCCGCCGAGGCCGAGGGGGGCGGGGCUAGCCCGGGAGACGGUCGAGGAGAGCUCACCAAGCAGUGGUCCACGUCCUCACGCUCCUCCAACAGGUCGUCCAAGAGAGGAGGAAGUCCGUCCCACCAGAGCAUCUCGGAGUGGAGGAUGCAGAGCAUCGCCCGCGACUCGGAGGACAGCACCGACGACGAAUUCUUCGACGCUCACGAUGGUUUGUCCGACAACGAGGAGCUGCUGCCCAAGGAGAUCACCAAGUGGAGCUCCAACGACCUCAUGGACAAAAUGGACACCAUGGAAGCGGACGUAGCCCAAGAGACGCUGUAUCCCGAGUCGGCCGAGGACUUUGCUGCCAUGACCAACAAGGAGACGCACAUUGAGGCGUCUCAGCAGUGUCUUCAGCCCUCCAAGAUUCACGUCCUGGUUUUGGUCCUGCACGGAGGCAACAUUCUGGACACCGGCUCAGGCGAACAGAACAACAAGCAAGGCGAUGUCAACACCCUGAGCGGCGCCUUCGAAGCCGUCAUGCGCGUCCACUACCCGACAGCGCUGGGCCGCAUCGCCAUCAGGACCGUGCCGUGUCCGGCGGUCUGCGUGGAGGCCUUCUCGCUGGUGUCCAACCUCAGCCCCUACAGCUACGACGAGGGCUGCCUGUCCAGCAGCCAGGACCACAUCCCGCUGGCCGCCCUGCCGCUCCUCGCCACCUCCGCGCCGCAGUACCAGGACGCGGUGGCCGCCGUCAUCCUGCGAGCCAAUCAGGUGUACGCCGACUUCAUCAGGUCUCUGGAAGGCGCCUCGUUUAAUGGACAGGUGUGUGUGAUCGGGGACUGUGUCGGAGGCAUCCUGGGCUUUGACGCCCUGUGCAGUAGUUCCAUCCUGGUGUCGGAGAGUCAGAACAGCAGCAGGCGGGGCAGCGCCGUCAGUGUGCAGGACACGGAGCUGCUUUCUCCGGGCAUCGUCAUCAACAGCAUCUCGCCGUCCCUGGAAGGCAGCCGCCACCUCAGCCGCAGCAACAUCGACAUCCCGCGCUGCUCGGGCCCCGACGAUCCCAAGAAGCAGCUGCCGCGUAAGCGCAGCGACUCCUCCACCUACGAGCUGGACACCAUCAAGCACCACCAGGCCUUCCUGUCCAGCCUGCACUCCAGCGUGGUGCACGGCGAGGCGGGGUCACGGCGCUCCAGCAACAGCACCAUGCUGGAUGGCGCCUCCUUGGGGAAGUUCGACUUUGAGGUGACCGACUUCUUCUUGUUCGGAUCUCCUCUGGGACUGGUGCUGGCGCUGAGGAAGACCGUGGUGCCCUCCUUGGACGUGACGGCGCUGCGCCCGGCCUGCCAGCAGGUCUACAACCUGUUCCACCCGGCCGACCCGUCCGCCUCCCGCCUGGAGCCCCUCCUGGACAAGCGCUUCCACCUGCUGCCUCCCUUCAGCGUCCCCCGCUAUCAGCGCUUCCCUCUGGGGGACGGACUCUCCGCUCUCCUGGUGGAGACCGUGCAGAGCAACCCCCAGCUGUUGAUGGAGACUCCGGCGGGGGGCGGAGCUUCGCAUCGCGGGCAGGAGAGCGGCGUGAACGAGACCUCCAUCCCCGUGCCCGUCCUCAACUGGCCGUCCUCGCAGCACCACGCGGAAAGUGAGUGUUUGGACUCUUUAAAUCAGGGCUGUCUGGACGGUAGAUCCUCCACGUCCCCGGGGGUCCCUCACAUCCGCUGCCACCGCAGGGCCAGCGAGGCCAGCCUGGCCAGUCAGGUGUCGGGUCUGGCCGACUCUUACGCCACCUCCAACCUCGCCAACAUCGCGUCCCGCUGGUGGGGCAGCAAGAGGAUGGACUACGCCCUGUACUGCCCCGACGCCCUGACGGCCUUCCCCACCGUGGCUCUGCCGCACCUCUUCCACGCCUCCUACUGGGAGUCCACAGACGUGGUCUCCUUCCUGCUCCGACAGGUGAUGAGGCACGAGAACUCCGGGAUCCUGGAACUGAACGGCAAAGAAGUGUCGGAGUUCACGCCGUCCAAACCCAGAGAGAAGUGGCUCCGUAAGCGCACGCACGUCAAGAUCCGGAACGUGACGGCCAACCACCGCGUCAACGACGCCGUGUUCGCCGAGGACGGCGCCCAGACGGUGACGGGUCGCUUCAUGUACGGCCCGCUGGACAUGGUCACGCUGACGGGAGAGAAGGUGGACGUCCACAUCAUGACGCAGCCCCCCUCGGGGGAGUGGCUCUACCUCGACACGGGCGUCACCAACAGCAGCGGCCGCGUCUCCUACGUGCUGCCCGACAGGAAGAGGCUGGGGGUCGGGGUGUAUCCCGUCAAAAUGGUGGUCAGGGGAGACCACACCUCUGCAGACAGCUACCUUAGCGUGGUGCCACGGGGGACCGAGUUUGUGGUCUUCAGCAUCGACGGGUCCUUCGCCGCCAGCGUGUCCAUCAUGGGCAGCGACCCCAAGGUCCGAGCAGGAGCCGUGGAUGUGGUCAGGUACUGGCAGGACCUGGGCUACCUGAUCGUGUACGUGACGGGUCGCCCCGACAUGCAGAAGCAGCGCGUGGUGGCUUGGCUCUCUCAGCACAACUUCCCGCACGGCGUGGUCUCCUUCUGCGACGGGCUGGUCCACGACCCGCUCAGACACAAGGCCAACUUCCUCAGAUGCCUCAUCAACGAGGCCCAGAUGAGGAUCUUCGCCGCGUACGGGUCCAGCAAGGACAUCUCGGUGUACGCCAGCGUGGGCCUGCCCGCCUCCCACAUCUACAUCGUGGGAAGACCCACCAAGAAAAUGCAGCACCAGUGUCAGUUCAUUCCGGAUGGGUACGCAUCGCACCUGUCCCAGCUGGAGUACAACCAGCGCUCCCGACCCGCCAAGUCGGCCGGCGCCCGCGUGGUCCUCCGCAAGAGCAGCUUCGGGCUGGGGGCGGCGGCGGGGGACUUCCUCCGCAAGCGCAACCACAUCUUCCGCACCAUUUCCUCGCAGCAGCCGGGCCGGACCGAGCGAACGCUGAGCCAGUGCGAGGCGGACCGCGGCGUGUCGGCGGCGGCGGCGGCCACCCAGAGGAGCAUGAGCAUCGCGGCGGGGUGCUGGGGCCGCAGCGGGAGCACCAAGGAGGGCAGCGCGGGGCUACUUGGCCCCAAGUGAGCUGGCCCGGGCCGGCCUGAGCCACCAUGAUCUCUGGACAGGUGGACACCUUGUAUUUUAUAUCAGAAGGAGUGGACUCGUCACGCCAACAAAGACAAUUAUGUAGCAUGACUCUUUUACACUAACACUUUUUUAAUAGGCUCUGAAAACAUCAAGGCUUUGAUUAAUUAUCAUAAUAAGCCUUAAACCCCCGCAUCUCAUACUCAUUUUGUAUAAAAGCUGUUUAAAACAUAUUUUAUCGCCAACAUUCACACAGGAAGUAGGUAUGUUGACCUUGUCCGCCCUUAAAUGUGCCCGAGUGAAACAAGCGUUAGCUUUAACCGACUAACGCUUAUGUUUUUUUUAAUUUAUUUUAGAAACCUUUAUUUAUAAAUUGCAACAUUUACAAACAAUUGAGAAAUAAUAAUUUCUGUAGCAGUCACUUGGCUUAAACCGGCUUAAUAUGACGUCAUAACAAAUGUAUGAAUAUAUCAUAUGACGUCAUAUGAUAUAUUCACACACCAUACGUUUGUUAUUCGUUGUGAAGAUAUUCAAAUGCCAAAUGGGCUUUCAAAGAGUCAACACUCCAUCGCAUAAAAAUAUUCCAAAGUCGACAUUUUUACUUCGAUAAUAAGGAAGCCAUUUUCCCGGUUUUUUUUGUUUACCUUUGACCCGUCAAACGAGAGUCUCGCGAGAACGAGACCACCGAAUAUCCUCCAACAUGUCCAUCGACGAUAACAAACCCCGCCGUUCGCUUGGCGAUGUUCUCCGGUCCAACAUGUUACUCCUCCAUUUCUCUUUUUUUUGUUUUUAAUGCUAAACACUUUGACGACCCUAUUGUGGACAACUGGGCCGAAAUUAGUGGUUUAAAGUCGGAUCGCGGGCAAGUUCGUGGACGGUGGAAGUUCCAAUGGCGACGGAUGACUCGACACUGCUACUACUAGUUAAAGGUACACUUUUAUUCAUGUGUUUUCGUGGCUUUGGCUUGGUGGAAACUAGCUUUCAGAUUGAAAAAAAACCCCAAAUUAAAGCAUUUAUUUGGUAAUUAUCAAUCGCUGAACCAAACGCUUAAAUUGUCAUCAGUGGAGCUGUCAGUCAAACGUAUUCUUGGCUCCUAUUGGCUAUCGGACGAUUGGUAUCCGCCCACUCCGGCGUACC